GCUGUCAUUUCACUACUGAACGAGGCAGGCAGAAGCACUUCUCGUUCGUCUCCCCUUGUUUUUGUUUCCUUUGCACACCUCCUUGCUAUCCCCUUUGUUUUAUUUUACUCUCUUUUCUCCCAUCUUGAACAAAAGCACCACUUCCCCUGGUCGAAAUGUACCGAUAUUUCGGGGAGCUCGUUAGCCGCGGAGCGGGCAGCGCACUGGUGGCGGGGUGUGUGGAGGCAGCGAUGCCGGCUUCCUCGUCGGUAAUGCGGCUGAGACACUACAGCGACGCCGCGGAUAAAGAGGACGACCCGAACUUCUUCAGGAUGGUGGAGGGCUUCUUUGACCGCGGCGCCGCCAUCGUGGAGAACAAGCUGGUGGAGGACCUGAAGACGAGAGAGACACCCGAGCAGAAGAGACACCGAGUCCGAGGAAUCCUCAAGAUCAUCAAGCCGUGCAACCACGUCCUCAGCGUGUCUUUCCCCAUCAAGAGAGACAACGGAGAGUGGGAGGUUAUCGAGGGCUACCGGGCACAGCACAGCCAACACAGGACUCCAUGCAAAGGAGGUAUUCGGUACAGCACAGACGUGUCUGUGGAUGAAGUCAAAGCCUUGGCCUCACUGAUGACCUAUAAAUGUGCUGUAGUGGAUGUGCCAUUUGGAGGUGCUAAAGCUGGAGUCAAAAUCAACCCCAAAAAUUUCUCUGACAACGAGUUGGAGAAAAUCACAAGAAGAUUCACUAUUGAGCUGGCUAAAAAGGGAUUCAUUGGACCGGGUAUUGAUGUCCCUGCCCCUGAUAUGAGCACCGGCGAGAGGGAGAUGUCCUGGAUCGCUGAUACUUACGCUAACACUAUCGCUCACACUGACAUUAAUGCUCAUGCCUGUGUAACGGGGAAGCCCAUCAGCCAGGGAGGAAUCCACGGCAGAGUGUCAGCCACAGGGCGUGGAGUCUUCCACGGCAUUGAAAAUUUCAUCAACGAGGCAUCCUACAUGAGCAAGCUUGGACUGACACCAGGCUUCGCCGAUAAGACCUUCAUCAUCCAGGGUUUCGGAAACGUUGGCUUGCACUCUAUGCGUUACCUCCACCGUUACGGUGCCAAGUGCGUAGGUAUUGCUGAGAUUGAUGGAAACAUCUGGAACCCCAAUGGCAUCGACCCCAAGGAGCUGGAGGACUACAAACUGCAACACGGCACUAUCGUGGGAUUCCCGAAUGCUCAACCAUAUGAGGGUAGCAUCCUGGAGGCGGACUGUGACAUCCUCAUCCCUGCCGCUGGAGAGAAGCAGCUCACCCGGAAGAAUGCUCCUAACAUCAAAGCCAAGAUCAUUGCCGAGGGAGCUAAUGGACCCACUACACCCGACGCUGACAAGAUCUUCUUGGAGAGGAACGUCAUGGUUAUCCCGGAUAUGUACUUGAAUGCCGGCGGUGUGACCGUCUCCUACUUCGAGUGGCUGAAGAAUCUGAAUCAUGUCAGUUACGGCCGUCUGACCUUCAAGUAUGAGAGAGACUCAAACUACCACCUGCUGAUGUCUGUGCAGGAAAGUCUUGAGAGGAAAUUUGGAAAGCAAGGUGGUCCUAUCCCCGUGGUUCCCACUGCAGAAUUCCAGGCUCGUGUGGCAGGCGCCUCUGAGAAGGACAUUGUGCACUCCGGUCUUGCCUACACAAUGGAGAGAUCUGCAAGGCAAAUUAUGCGUACGGCCAACAAAUACAACCUGGGCUUGGACCUCAGGACAGCAGCUUACGUCAAUGCCAUCGAGAAGGUCUUCAAAGUCUACAAUGAGGCUGGACUGACCUUCACAUAAAUGCUCAUAAAGUCUCCUCUUCCAGUUUAUUCAUCCUGACUCCUGACCAGCCUUAGACCAACCCUGUGCCCGAUUACUCCACAGCCUUCUGUCAUUUUUUGAGUUUACAAUGACACCCAUAGCAUGCCAUAUUACUAAAGUAAAUUAUAUUAAAUAUUAAAUCGUCCCACUCAUUUUGUGCCAAUUUUUGUUCCAUAAAGUUUGUUCUAACUAUACUGUAAUUUCUGUAUGACAUCGAAACAAGCUGCUAGGUAUGAAGAAUGUCAUGCUGCGAUGUUCUUAAGUUCACGUUCUCAAGCUAUUCACUAUCUUACUGUGUUAGUUUUGUACUAAUUUGUUUUUAACUAAUGUUGGCAGUAUUGGCUCUGCAUUCAUUGUGCAAAAAAACAUGUUUAGAUUCAUUCAUUCAUUCACAUUGUUUGUUGUCCCAAAGCUUGUGACCCCACAUUAUGAGUAUUAAGUGCAACACUAAAAAUGUCUUUGAUCUUAGAGCAAGAGUUUUAUACUCAGAGGAAUUAUGUCUUUAUAUCUGCAGAAGAACAUUCAUAAAAUACCUCACACAGAAAAAAAAUCCAUCCAACACACUGGUCUUGUUCAGCACUUAGUCUUGGAGAUGUGCUAAAUCUAAUAUUUUCCAUUUAAAAUGUGUGAAUAUUUAAUCCAGUGUAUUUAGUGACACCCUGGAAAUGUGUGUAUGUGGGUGAGUUUAGCUCAUUGGGGAACAAAACCAUUCACAAAGCUCAUCUACACCAUCACGUGAAAAUUUGCUUUAGAGAAAAAUAUUAAUUGCUUUUUUUUGUUAUGAAUAAAGAAACUAAACAUU